AUGGCAAAGGAGAAGGGAAAGGCAAGGCAAGUCAAAGAAAUGGCGAAGAAAGGAAAGGAGAGGAAGGAAGGCAAGGGAAGGCAAGGCAAGGGGACGGCGAGGAAAGAAGAGGGGAGGAGAGGGGAGGACAGGGAAGGAAAUGAGAGGGAAGGAGAAGGAAGGAUGGCAAAGGAGAAGGAAGGAUGGCAAAGGAGAAGGGAAAGGCAAGGCAAAGGAAUGGCGAAGAAAGGAAAGGAGAGGAAGGAAGGCAAGGGAAGGCAAGGCAAGGGAAGGGCGAGGAAAGAAGAGGGGAGGAGAGGGGAGGACAGGGAAGGAAAUGAGAGGGAAGGAGAAGGAAGGAUGGCAAAGGAGAAGGAAGGAUGGCAAAGGAGAAGGGAAAGGCAAGGCAAGGCAAAGGAAUGGCGAAGAAAGGAAAGGAGAGGCAGGGAAAAAGAAAGGCGAAGAAAGGAGAGGGAAGGAAGGCAAGGGAACGCAAGGCAAGGCAAAGAAAUGGCGAAGAAAGGAGAGGGAAGGAAGGCAAGGCAAAGGAAAGGCGAAGAAAGGAGAGGAAAGGCGAUGAAAGGAGAGGAAAGGCGAGGAAUGGACAGGAAAGCAACUGAACGGAACGGAGAGGAUAUAAAAGGAAAGGUGACAUGGGAGAGGAGGGUUGGAGAGCAGAUUUAG